AUGAAUAGUCCAUCAUCAUUACCACCUCCAUUUGAUCCAAAUAAGAAUUUUCAACCAGUUUGGCGUCAAGCCUAUCAAUGGCUUAAUCAAUGUCAUGUUUUAUCACCUGAAGCUAAUCGUAUUUUAAGUUUACCAACAAGUACAAUCGAAGAUUUAGCAGUUAUCUUAACUGAUGGUAUUGUCUUAUGUAAUUUGCUCAAUUAUUUAGUACCUGGAAUAAUUAAUUAUACAGAUGUUUCUUUUCGACCACAAAAAAGUCGAUUUCUUUGUUUACAAAAUAUUCGUUUAUUUUUGGAUACAUGUAGACGUGAAUUAAAUUUUCGUGAUCGAGAUCUAUUCGAUCCAUAUAUGUUAUUUGAUAAAUAUAAUUUAGAUAAAAUUACUGAAACACUAUCAAAAAUCUCACGAUUAGAUAUUGCAAAAAGAAAAAAUUUAACACCAUUUCCAAUCAAUAGCCCAGUGAAUUAUGUUAAUAUGCCAAAAGAUGACGAUAAUGGAAUAUUGCCAAUUGUUCGUUCACUUGAUGAAACAAUACCUACACAAGGUACUCUUAUGAUGAAUAAUGAUGAAGAUGACUCUCGAGCACUUCUAUAUUAUGCAUCACCUGAAACAAUCGUUUCUCCUGCGGAACAAAAUGAUCUUUAUGGACGUAUAAUUGAGAAGAAGAGGGUUGGUGUCUAA